AUAAAUAUUAAAUAUGAAGAAGUUGAUGAAAGUUUUAACAGUAACUAUGAUGUGACACAACAUGUGACUGUUAAUGAGAAAGAUAUUAAGUGUGAAGAGUUUGAUGAAAGUUUUAACAGUAACUAUGAUGUGACACAACAUGUGACUGUUAAUGAAAAAGAUAUUAAGUGUGAAGAGUUUGAUGAAAGUUUUAACAGUAACUAUGAUGUGACACAACAUGUGACUGUUGAUGAGAAAACUCGUAAAGGUCUAGAAAGUGGUAAAAGUUAUAACAAAAAGGAACAACUAAAGGAACAAAUAGUUGUACACACUGGUGUAAAGAAUUUUAAGUGUGAAGAGUGUGGUAAAUGUUAUUCCAGAAAUAGCCAUUUGAAGAGCCAUAUGUUUGUACACACUGGUGAGAAGAAUUUUAAAUGUGAAGAGUGUGGUAAAUGUUAUUCCAGAAAGAACUAUCUGAAGCAGCAUGUGGUUGUACACACUGGUGAGAAGAAUUUUAAGUGUGAAGAGUGUGGUAAAUGUUGUUCCAGAAAGAGUUAUUUGAAGAGCCAUAUGGUUGUACACACUGAUGAGAAGAAUUUUAAAUGUGAAGAGUGUGGUAAAUGUUAUUCCAGAAAGAGCCAUUUGAAGGGUCAUAUGGUUGUACACACUGGUGAGAAUUUUAAAUGUGAAGAGUGUGGUAAAUGUUAUUCCAAAAAGAGCAAACUGAGGAGCCAUAUGGUUGUACACACCAGUGAGAAAAUUUUUAUUUGUGAAGAGUGUGGUAAAUGUUAUUACACAAAGAGCCAUCUGAAGAGCCAUAUGGUUGUACACACUGAUGAGAAGAAUUUUAAAUGUGAAGAGUGUGGUAAAUGUUAUUCCAGAAAGAGCAAACUGAAGCAGCAUAUGGUUGUACACACUGGCGAGAAGAAUUUUAAGUGUGAAGAGUGUGGUAAAAGUUAUUACAUAAAGAGCCAUUUGAAGAGCCAUAUGAUUGUACACACUGGUGAGAAGAAUUUUAAGUGUGAAGAGUGUGGUAAAUGUUAUUCCACAAAGAGCUAUCUGAAGCAGCAUAUGGUUAUACACACUGGUGAGAAGAAUUUUAAGUGUGAAGAGUGUGGUAAAUGUUAUUACACAAAGAGCCAUCUGAAUAGCCAUAUGAUUGUACACACUGGUGAGAAGAAUUUAAAGUGUUAUGAGUGUGGUAAAUGUUAUUCCAGAAAGAGCCAUCUGAAGAGACAUAUGUCUGUACACAAUGGUGAGAAGAAUCUUAAGUGUGAAGAGUGUGGUAAUGUUAUUACAUAAAGAGCCAUCUGAAGUGCCAUAUGGUUGUACACAAUGGUAAGAAG